GGAAGACUGCUACGGACCAAUUUGGUAUUCGUUGCCGGGGCCUUGCCCAGGUCAGUAUUACGAUGGCAAGACGGAGCAGUGCAUCCGCGCGGAGCCCGGCGGGGCGUGCGCCGCAUCGGACUUCAAACGCGCCGACGGGGAGAGGCGAGUGCACGUUCUUGGUGGAGGAGGCCGGGGAGGUCGCCCCCCUCUUUCUCGGGCAUCACCGGCAACUACGACAGCUUCUGCGCGUCUGGAGCCAGGGAGUACGACGAGAGCACGGACGCAGGUGUGAUGAUGAACUUCUGGGACAACAAGACGAACGAGACUGCUUGCCUCAAUCGGAUGAUGGCGGUGCAGAGUGAGUUCUCCAGGCUCUACCCGAACAUGCCGGCCAGCAUAGACGCGCCCGUGUGCGACGCUUGAGCAGCGGCAGCGGAGUUUUUUUAUCGAGAUUAUUGGGGGUCGGCGGAUUCGUUUCAUUGCCCAGAGGUGCAGAAUUUGUUAGUGAACGCUCCAGCGCGAAGUCAGACCCGCUUCUGUGAGACCGUAGAGUAGCGGCGACGUAAGUUGCGCUUGCUUGACUGGUGGAUCCAGCUCGCCUCUGUUUUUUUUCCCGGGGAGGCAGCCUGCGCGACAAUGUCUUCGUGACGACAGGCGCGCCUCCUGCGUUUCACGCGGGCGGUGCAAGUUCCCCCCGUUCUGUCGUGAUACCGUCCAUGAUGACAGCAUAGGUCAAACGAGCACUUCAUGAUGCGAAGCUUCUGAGAUCUGAGCGGAUGUUUCGGGUCGGCUCUGGAUCCCCCCCCUCCCGCGCACACACUCCCAGGCGGUGGCCCUCGCGCGGCUGUCCGAAAGUGUAUGUUCCUGCCGUCUUUUGGUUCUCUUGGUAUUGAUCCGUUGAGAUAGCGAUGUGCGCAAUUCCUCAACGAUUUCGACGUCCAGACCUGGGCGUGGCCGAGAAACUGAGGCAGGUUGGUGAGACAAUUCCUCGGGCCGCGUUGUUUUUGUUGGGGUCGCAUGCUAUGGUGCAGACAAGCGCUCGCGCCCGCCAGGAGCCGCGAAGAGAAGGGGCUGGGGAAGAGUAUGAGGUUGGGCUUAUGAUUCGUUCUGGUGCUGCGAUAUCGAAGCCAGCUCUUAUGCAUCCGAUUCGGCUAGGAAGGGGCGAUAAUGCGGAACCGGGUUGGGCCCCUUCUAGACCUCCCGAUCCCGCAGCGGGGGUCGGCGGCGGAGCCCGCAGGGCUCGAGGAGGGAGCGAGCCCCCUUUUCCAGUCCUGCACCCAGGAACCAGUUCGCCUCAAGCCGGCUCGAACCGAGCCAGCAGCAGUGAGAGCGAGAGA